AUGAGAGCCGCAUCAGACCACCAAGAACCAUGGGGUUUCCAGUGGCGAUCAUCCACUUAUUUCAUUGUCGCGACAGUGGCAGUGGCUUUGCUCACAGAUAUGUAUCUGUAUGGAUUUAUCGUUCCACUUCUUCCAUUCGUGCUGGAGCAUCGACUGGGACUUGACCCCUCACUCACCCAGCGCAUAAGCACAGCCCUGCUAUCCCAGACCGCGCUGGUGAUGGUCGUGGCAAGUCCCCUAAUCGGGUAUCAUGCUGAUCGCUCGGGCGCAAAACGUGCCUGGCUGUUAUUUGGGCUCGCGGGUGCAUUGCUGGGCUCUUUGAUACUCGCCAUGGCGACCUCAUUAUGGGCUUUCUUUACCGGGCGCCUUGUACAGUCUCUUGCAAGCACUGGUCUCUGGGUGGUAGGCUUGGCUACCCUGGCGGACAACGUCCCUGCCGGCGAGCUAGGGAAAAUGUAUGGAUUCGUGACUAUUGCUAUUGGCGUAGGAACAUCGGGCGGACCACUGGUGGCUGGUGUUCUGUUCGAUGUAGGUGGGUACUGGGUGGCUUGGUCCAGUGUCCUUUUCGUUAUUGUGUUUGAUGUGAUCCUACGAUGUCUCAUGCUGGAACGGUCGCGUGACACCAGUGCACCAGUUCGCGCGGAGCGGGACGGGCAGGAUCCAGAAAGGGAGGCACUUUUGCCACCAUCAACUGACCCAGAUCAACAGACAACCGGUCAAGCUGUAUCGGAGAAAACGGGUAUACAAUUCUAUCUAUGCCUGUGUAGCAACGGUCGCUUCAUUGGUGGUGUGGUUAGUUAUUUCUGUUUCGCCGUUCUAACCGCCAGCUUCGACACAACCCUUCCUCUCCAUGUGCGCGAUGCGUUCCAUUGGGGUAGUCUCCCCGCUGGUUUAUUGUUUGCGGCUUUCCAGGGCCCCGCGGUGUUCUUUAGCGUUCCUGUCGGCUGGUUGAAGGAUCGGGUGGGGACUCGAUACCCGACCACGAUCGGUUUUGCCCUUCUGGUGCCUUUAAUGUGGCUGAUCGGUAUUCCUGGGGACAAACGGUUUCCCUGGGCUAGUGAAGAGAGGAUCGGUUCGAUCAUAUACAGCGUAGCUGUCACGAGUAUCGGGAUCGUGAUAUGCUUACUCAAUGGGGUGGGUAUGAUGGAAGCCACUCAGGCCGUUGAUGAGAUCGAAGGAGAGAACCCCGGAAUCUUUGGUCCGAAUGGCGGAUAUUCGAGGGCAAUAUCAGUCUCCAGUAUCAGUUGGACAAUGGGAAUGUUUGUUGGGCCAAUUCUCUCGGGAUAUGGUACGGAACAAAUCGGAUACUAUGAAAUGAACUGUGUGUUGGGUUCGUUAUUCCCCCCUGUCUGA